UCACAAUGCCAUAGCUUAGCGAGUUUGUACGCUGGCCUGCGAAUGUUCGAGAAGGCAUGGAAUAGCAUGUUGCACUCACCAGUGUCAUUCUUUGACGCCACACCAAUGGGCCGUAUCCUGUUGCGCUUGUCGAAGGACCAGGAUACCAUCGAUGCAGUU